AGACAAUAAUUCGUUUCUCUUUGUUUUCUCAUCAUUUUAUUUCAUUUUUCUGGCCACUCAUUUUUCUCCCCAAACUGACUCCGAUCCGUUGCUAGUUCUUUAGCCUCUUUUUUUUUUUCUGAAAGAAGUCCUUUAGCCUUGUUUACAAGGAAGUUGAAUAACAGCUCUGAAACAUGGCCACAAUUUCAAGACCUAUCCAAUUGACAGUAUCAUCGAGGCCAGGGAUUUCGUCUUCUUAUCCCCCUUCUCAACCAAAGCUGAGAUCUCAAUUUGUGGGGAAGAAACUGCGAUGGUGCAGGCCCUCCGGACCCCGACCCGCCUCUGGUUGUUCAACAACAACAACUUGCUGGUUCCGAUUCGGCAAAAAUGGCGUCGAUGCGGAAGGUGCUGGCAUUUAUGGUACCCAAUCACGAGAUGACUUCGACCGAGAUGAUGUUGAACAGUAUUACAACUAUAUGGGGAUGCUGGCUGUGGAAGGUUCUUACGACAAGAUGGAGGCUCUUUUAAGCCAAGAAAUCCACCCUGUGGACAUAUUGCUACUUAUGGCUGCUAGCGAAGGGGACAAGCCUAAGAUCGAAGAGUUACUGAGAGCCGGUGCUGAUUACACGGUCAAGGAUGCCGAUGGGUGCACUGCGCUUGAUAGGGCCAAUGAGGAAAUCAGAGACUUCAUACUCAAACGUUCACCCACUAAGCGGUAGCUACUAGCUUGUAGAGUGUUUUGAAUGGUCAUGUUUUCGUUCUGUGUAUUGAUCGCUUCGAUCUCUUUGACAUUGGCCUAGAUUUCUUACCUUGUUUUGGCUUUUUUAUUUGGAGAAUUAACUUCCCUUUCUAGUUUGAAAUUCAUAGUGUUUGUGAUCAAUCUGCCCAUUCACUCAUUCAGAGCUCAAGACAUCUUGAGUAGUAGUAGUUGUUUUG